AAGCCAUAGCUCUCUCCCGUCUCCUCUCCUCUCCUCUCCUCCCCUCCUCCGCCGAUGGGGAGGAUUCCUUCCAUUCCAUCCGCGCAUCCGCUGCCUCCGCGGAAUCCGAGUUCCGCGUACUGCGCUGAUCUCCGGCAUCGGAUUUCGGAGAGGGUGGGGUGUUCUCUCCGCUCGGGGUUGUUCCACUCGGUUCUGAACUGGGAGUGUGAGUGUGCAGGGCAAGGUUGUUGGGAUUUCACGUCGGAUCGGAUUGUACUCUACAUGAUAAGAAAGUAUGGCACCAGCAAACAAAGCAGAGAGAAAAGCAGUGCUGGAUGCUGGAGCAUGGAUGUUCAACGUUGUGACAUCAGUUGGUAUCAUCAUGGUCAACAAGGCAUUAAUGGCCACACAUGGUUUUAGUUUUGCUACAACAUUGACUGGAUUGCAUUUUGCAACCACAACCUUGAUGACAUUAGUAAUGAAAUGGUUGGGACAUAUUCAGCCAUCCUAUUUACCAUUGCCAGAACUCGUUAAAUUCGUCUUUUUUGCAAACUUAUCAAUUGUUGGGAUGAAUGUUAGUUUGAUGUGGAACUCUGUUGGAUUCUAUCAGAUUGCCAAGUUGUGUAUUAUUCCAGUCUUGUGCAUUCUGGAAAUCCUGUUUGACAAAGUCCGUUACUCAAGGAAUACAAAACUCAGUAUAGUGCUUGUUUUAGUAGGAGUUGCUGUAUGUACUGUGACUGAUGUUAGUGUGAAUUCAAAAGGGCUGCUAGCAGCUGUAAUUGCAGUUUGGAGCACAGCACUACAGCAGCAUUACGUUCAUCACCUUCAAAAGAAGUACUCGCUUGGCUCAUUCAACCUAUUGGGUCAUACUGCUCCAGCUCAGGCAGCAUCCCUGUUAAUACUGGGGCCUUUUGUGGACUUCUGGCUGACCAAUAGAAGAGUUGAUACUUUCAAUUACACAACAAUAGUUACGUUCUUCAUUGUAUUGUCGUGCACAAUUGCUGUUGGGACCAAUCUAAGCCAGUUCAUAUGCAUUGGAAGAUUCACAGCUGUCUCAUUUCAAGUUCUAGGCCAUAUGAAGACGAUUCUUGUAUUGACCUUGGGUUUUCUUUUCUUUGGAAAAGAGGGCCUUAAUUUUCACGUAGUCCUUGGCAUGAUGCUUGCUGUGAUUGGCAUGAUUUGGUACGGGAAUGCUUCGUCAAAACCGGGAGGCAAAGAGAGGCAGAUUUACUCGGUGCCCAGCGAGAAAACUCAGAAGUCAUCACAAUCAGAGCUUGACCAGAAGGUCUGAAACAAAGUUGUUUCACUAUUUUUACAGCUCCAUUGCUUAGCGAGCAUUGAGAAGACCACGAUCUGAUUUAUUCUUUUUUUUUCUGGUAAGUUUAAAGAUGUUUCUGUACAACUGAAAUUCAUACCAGACAAACAGAAUAUGGCAGGAACUAAGCGCGACGAUAAUUUAAUUUGUAAUAUUCCAUUGAGUAACUGCAUAUAUGAUGGAAAGAUAUUUUCAGCUGUGAUGUUCCGUUUA